AUGGCCCGGAUGGAUACUCCAGCCCUGCUUCGCAAGUGGUACAGCAGCAUGGGCCAGUCGGUGACGAGGAGUAUGGUGAUGGACGAGAUGCGUUCGUUGCUCUCAAGCAGAAGUACCGUGUUGAGGGUGUAUUUCGCAUGCAACAGCUCCAUGANAUUCCUGGAGCUGUGCAAGUCCCUCGGAAUUACGGUCAAAACUAGCGCUCCAUACACUCCACAGCAGAACUCCAUCGCAGAACGUGGAUUUGGCACCAUCAUCGGAACUACUCGCAAACUAAUGCUGGGCGCACCGCACCUUCCCAGCGAGCUGUGGGCUGAAGCAUUUCAGACCGCCAUCUAUCUCAAGAAUCGCACACCAACUGAAGUCCUCGGGGGCAAAUCCCUACUCGAGCCUGGUAUGGUAGAAUCAAACGAGGAAGAAACUAACGACGAUAGCGAUGAAGAAGCAGGCCAAAGUACUGCAAAGUCGACACCAUCUGUUCCAGAACCACGACGGAGCGCCAGGGCAUCUGCACCGCCGCAAAGGUUGAAUCUAUUUACGGUGACCUCGGAGGAGGAUGCUCAUCAGCAGGUGGAACAAGCUCUUCUGAUAGGGGGUGUACUCGGAAACGUCGGGACGGGCAACCCUGGAGAAAAAGGUUACAGGCCUCCCGACCCGACCAACUACGACGACGCAACACGUGGACCAGAUGCUGACCACUGGAGGGGGAGUAUGCGCGAAGAAAAUCGUUCGCUCGCGGAACUCGAUGUAUACGAUUGGGUGAAACGGCCGGCGGACGGUGAUAAACUUCCGUCAAGAUACCUAUACAAACGGAAGUACGCAGCAGACGGAGAACUAGCUCGACUGAAGAGUCGUAUCGUGGUCCAAGGCUUCCGUCAAGAAGACACGGGGGAAGACAAGGCAUCAUCAGUGGCCACAUUGGAGGCGGCUGACAUCAAGACAGCGUUCCUACAUGCCAGGAUCCCCGCUAACGCAGACCCGAUUUAUGUUUGUCCUCCGAAAGGUUUCGAAUGCUCUCCAGAACAAGCACGGCAGGUGUGGCGGCUAAAGGCAUGGCUCUACGGAUUGCGUCUCUCCCCGAAAGGCUGGUGCAGCACCUUUCACGACUUCCUGAUUGAGAAAGGGUUCGUACAGAGUAAACCAGACCCCUGCCUUUACAUUCUCGAAGCGGAAGGAGUUAUCCUUCUCGUGUACGUUGACGACAUCCUGUUGUCGGGGAAGGACGAGGAGAAGGUCAUGAUGGUCAUUGAUCUGCUGAAGGAAGGANGCCUUUACAUUCUCGAAGCGGAAGGAGUUAUCCUUCUCGUGUACGUUGACGACAUCCUGCUGUCGGGGAAGGACGAGGAGAAGGUCAUGAUGGUCGUUGAUCUGCUGAAGGAACGGUUCAACACGGUGUUCUUGGGGGAUGCUCAGCACCUGCUUGGUAUGAAGCUUGAGAGGAACGUCGACGCCGGUACCAUAUUCCUUUCUCAAGAGACGUACGCAAAGACCGUGCUCGACCAGUUCGGAAUGGCCGAAUCGCGCCCGGUGAAGACACCGGCGGAACCUGGACCUAUCAGCAUCGAGGAGGAGAAGGUUUUAUCUCCAGAGGACACCAAAUACUACCGGUCCGCCACGGGUAGCCUUCUGUAUCUCAGCAGGGGCUCAAGACCGGACAUCACACACUCGGUGAUGGUGCCCGCGAAGAGUAUGGCGAAGCCAGGUCCCAGAGCGAUGACAAAGCUGAAGCGGGUACUCCGGUAUCUAAAAGGAAAGACCUCUAUCGGAAUCACAUACACCGAAGACGCCGACGGCGGAGAUGAACUCACGGCGUACGUGGACUCUGAUUUUGCAGGUGACCAAGACAAAGGCUACUCCACAACCGGUGCCGUUCUCUAUCUCGCAGGUGCCCCAGUGGACUGGAUAUCCAAGAAGCAAACGGUGCUGGCCAUCUCAACGUUCGAGGCUGAAGCCGUUGCCCUGUCCAAGGCGUGCACUAUUGUCAUCCACUUUCGUAAUUUGCUGAAGUCGCUGAACAUGAAGCAGGAGCAGCCCACGGUAGUGUUUGAGGACAACACAGGCGCUAUAGCGCUUGCUAUGGGCGCCAAACUCACGCCCCGUACUAAACAUAUCGACGUCAAGUAUCACCACGUUCGGUACUUAGAGGAGAAGAAAAUCGUCGACGUCAAUUAUAUCGAGACUAACUUGCAGAAGGCUGACAUCCUGACUAAAAGUCAGGGAGCUGUGAAGUUCCUCCAGAACCGCCUUCUCUUGCUUGGAGUGUAA